GAAUAAAGAAUGGAUGGAGAAAACUGCUCUGUCUUGAAUGAAUUCCUUCUCUUGGGAAUUAGUAAUCACCCUGUAAUCAAAGUGACUCUGUUUACCAUGUUUCUAGUUGUUUAUCUCAUUAUUCUUGUUGCAAACCUUGGAAUGAUCACUUUAAUUCGAAUGGAUCCCCAGCUGCACACACCCAUGUACUUUUUCCUCAGUCACCUCUCCUUCUGUGACCUCUGCUAUUCCACAGCAGUUGGGCCCAAGAUGCUGGUGGACCUACUUGCCAAGUACAAGGCAAUCCCCUUCUACGGCUGUGCUCUGCAAUUCUUGGUCUUCUGUAUCUUUGUAGAUGCUGAGUGUCUACUGCUGGCAGUUAUGGCCUAUGAUCGGUACAAGGCCAUCAGCAACCCCUUGCUCUACAUGGUCAGCAUGUCUAGCAGAGUGUGCUCCAUGCUCACAGCUGGGGCUUACGUGGUGGGGAUGGCAGACGCUUUGAUACACACAACAUUAACAUUCUGCUUAUGCUUCUGUGGGUCAAAUGAGAUUAACCAUUUCUUCUGUGAUGUUCCACCUCUCCUUUUGCUGUCUUGCUCAGAUACACAGAUCAAUGAGUUAGUGAUAUUUACCGUUUUUGGCUUUAUUGAACUGACCACCCUUUCAGGUCUUUUUGUGUCUUAUUGUUAUAUCAUCCUAGCAGUGAUAAAUAUCAACUCAGCAGAGGCACGGUUCAAAGCUUUUUCCACCUGUACUUCCCACCUCACUGCUGUGGCAAUGUUCCAGGGAACUAUGCUCUUCAUGUAUUUCAGGCCGAGUUCUUCAUACUCUCUAGAUCAAGACAAAAUGAGCUCAUUGUUUUACACCCUUGUGAUUCCCAUGUUAAACCCUCUGAUUUAUAGCUUAAGGAACAAGGAUGUGAAAGAGGCUCUGAAGAAAUUUAAAAAUAAAAGGAGGUUCUUUUGA